AUGAAGAUUCGUGAUAUCCACACCAAGCUAGCAACUCGCCUGCGACUGAGCAAGAGAUUCGAUGAAAGCUCCUGCGCCCCCGGUCUCGGCCGCAUGGUCCUGUCCGCGGAGCAGCAACGCAGCUCGAGGUUGAUGAGCUUACCGCUGGAGAUCCGGACAGCGAUCUACGAGGAAGUGUGGGCGGAUGCGGGCUGUGUACAGCACAUUCUGCUCCGGGAUGGCGGCUACACAUCGAUGAAGUGCAUCACGACCCAUGCGACCUCAGAUGACGACCUCAUGCAACAGUGCUACAACCAUGGCCGAGACCACUUCGAAGACCCAGUCAUCUGGCGACGUCUGAUGUCGACGUGGGGCAACCACUGGGCGUGCGAAGAGUUAGCCCAGAGCCAGACUGGAGAGAAUAGAAGCAAGGGAGCUUCCAGGAGUCAGUUCUUGACACUAAUGCUGGUUUGCAAGCGAAUGUAUAUCGAGUGCCGCGCAUCUAUCUACAGCAAUGUCACCUUUGUUGUUCACGACAUCAAGACUUUGCAUAGUAUCACGAACCGACGACGUCUAUCCCUUAUGGACGAAGUCAGAUACCUGAACAUCGCUGCUCGUCUCCCCAUUCGUCGUGUGUCCAAAGCGAAGAUGAGUCCCGAGGGCUGCGCCACGAUGAUUGUCUGGCGGGAGUGCUGUCGAGCCCUGGGAGAGUUGAAGCAUCUCAAAGCGGUCGAUCUAUGGCUAGACACAUGCGAGCCCAGCUGGCGAGCCGUCGUCUGCGAGCUACAAGACGGCAUUGUCAAUCCAUACGUGUUCAACGACAGACUCGCCAGCGUUCUGACAGUCGAUUUACCUAUGAAUCCCGAGAAACCCGAGGUCUGGCAGAGCAUCGCUGCGAUCGAGCCGAGAUUUCAGAUCCGGGCGCGUGGAUGGCCCUUGUUUCGGGCUCUCGAGGGGACUACAACGCCGUUCUCGAUCAUCAAACUAUGGCCGAGUGCGGAACCUGGUGCUCCGCAGCCUCCCUUGGUGUUUGGUACCACUCGGUGUGGCCCACGCCGGCCUCGUCGUCGUGCAGGUAUACUGGGCGCAGGGUAA